CUGAAGUGGAUGGUGGAGUUUACUCUUUGUUUUGCUGUCUAUGUCCUGCGCCUGUGUUCACGCCUAUCUGUCUACCUGCGGUUGUUGUCCUUCCAAGGCGACACGGCUGGGAUGGCUUCCGGAAGGAUCCUCCCUCAGUCAAAUACUGUAACAUGCUACUACGGAAACGGGAGGAGUGUGACCUCUAGGAUCAUUCAGACACAUUACGAGAGAAUCGUGCUGUAUUGCAAACCCCUAGUUUUGAGGAAAUGCUUCUAUAUGAAUAAGUCUACAAUUGUAGAUGGUUUCAAGGGGCUAUAACGCUGUCAAGGCGGACAAGAUAUCCGACUUCGGAGGAUGGGAAAGAAAUAUAUGUGGUCAUGCAUCACGAUCUGAUUUGAUCUGAUCUGAUAAAGAUAUUUUUCUCCAUGUCAAUGGCAAUCCGCCCCAUACUUCUUCUACCACCACAGUGCAAGUCAACCAUACUGGCCCAAGUUCUCUAGCGUGCUGUAUAUAGACGUUCUUCAUUUGGUUGUUCUCUGCUGCUCUCCUUUUGAAAUUCCUGCUUAUCCAUGUCGUCGAAUACUAACCUCGAUAUCUGGUUUGCGGGCGCAUUUGCUGCUUUCUCGGUCGAUCUACUCGUUUACCCUCUAGACACUCUCAAGACACGCAUCCAAUCGCAGGACUAUAAGAAGCUGUAUAAGAACACCAAUGGAACGCUCAACCGUUCUCUGUUCCGCGGAUUAUACCAAGGCGUUGGCCCGAUCAUCCUCAUCACAAUCCCCUCUUCCGGCGCCUUCUUUACUACGUACGAAGCCUUAAAAUUUGGUCUGAAAGAAUGGGUACCACCGAAUUCUACGAUUUAUAUUCCUCAAGCGGCUGUACAUUCCGUGGCAAGUGGCUGCGCGGAGCUGGUCAGCUGCGCCAUCCUGACGCCGGCCGAGGUCGUGAAGCAGAAUGCUCAAAUGCUGAGAGCCGGUAGCAGCCGCGCGGCGUCCUUUGAAGUAUUCAGACAUUUUAAGAAGCAUCCGACCAGAUUAUGGAGCGGCUAUACUGCAUUGGCGGCGAGAAAUCUGCCCUUCACUGCACUUCAGUUUCCCGUGUUUGAAUCAUUGAAGGGCUAUUUCAUGGGAAAGCGUCAACAGAAAAAGGGUGGUCAGCCGGUCGACGGGAUCUUUGAACGGGCCAGGAUCACCGCCCUUAGCGCCGGUAUUGCUGGCAGUGGCGCUGCAUGGAUCACCACUCCUAUCGAUGUGGUCAAGACCCGAAUCAUGCUGGCUGCCGGGUCUGGUGACGACGGACCGAAACAAGAUUUGAAAGCAAAGUCUUCCAACUUUCUUCUCCAUGGUGUGCAGGGACAGCGCAAAAGUGGCCUUACCGUUGCACGAGAGAUACUCGCUGGAGAGGGUGUGCGGGGUCUGUUCCGCGGCGGUUUGCUUCGCGCAGGUUGGACCGCGAUCGGCAGUGGUCUCUACCUUGGAUGUUAUGAAGGUGGAAGAUUCUAUUUGGAGAGUGCUAGGGAAGAGGCUGAGAAGAGGGAUAAUUCCCUGCAACGUGACUGGUCUAAGAUCAAUGUCGGAAUAGGGAAGAGCAGGUCCCAAGGAGAUGUUGUGAAAAAGAGUGCAUGGCAGGAAGACUGAUUACUGUCAAUGCUUUCUAUCUCAAGGUCUUUGACGAAGACCGACUGCCGCAGAUCCAGCGUCUUGGUCCCUCGGGAUUGAGGUUCCGAACGACUUAGCGACAGGUUCCCCUUAGAGUACAUGUCCUGCACCUGGCGAGUCGUCCACAGGAAAGGCCAAUCAAGGCAGCGACUCCACAGAUGCAGCGUCCCUGAGGCUCGCUCGGGGGGAGGGGAAGCUCCACAGGUUUUACGGCGGGGUCUUGGGAAUUUCCUUUCAGAAGUGGAACGAAGCUGAGAUGGGCUCGCAUACUCAGUUGCUAGCGGUCCCUGCUCCGAAGCCGUUGAGUCGGGGUCCUGCUUAUCACGGCACCCACAUUGACUGAUGUUUGUCAUGCGCCGAUAGAGCGUGCACAUUGGUUGCUCAGAGACACGAUAUUCUAUCGCCCGCCGACCGCUCGAGAUUGUGCCUGGACGCACGAAAAGCCGACAUCAACGGAUAUCUGUGCAUGAUCUGCUCGAUGCGGAGAGUGGUGUCUGAUUAUUGGACUUGGACUCGUUAAGAGCGCUGCCAAAUUUCUGGCCCCCACGGCUUGUCUCGACUGUAUCCAGGGUACAGAAACUGUCUCAGCGGCACGGUCUCUUGUUGCAGCCAUGGCUCACUGCCGCUUUUGGCAAGGCUUUCACUUCCUGGCAGUCGAUGUCAACCUAAAUCGGCGCGGCGGGAUUACCACCCGUUUGAUGCAUGGGAAAAAGUAUACAUUUUUAGGACAAAACAGUACGCUCGAAUAUGGGUGUCAAGAGAUAAAGAGAUUGUCACUUGAAGAGCGAGCUCUUGACCGAAAAAGGAAAAGGAAACGGGGCAUGCUGGGGUCGAAGAUCGUUCAUUCAUCUCUAUUUGUCGUUUUAACUCAUCUCUACAUCCCCAUCUCCAUGGGCAUCUUGUCCAUUGGUCUCGACUUCGACCUCGACCUCGAAAUCCUCAUCGACAUCCUCUUCCUGGUCGUCUUCAUCUUCCCAUGCAUCGUCAUCGUCCAUCUGGUCCUCAACGCCAAGGAUCUUGUUCAACUGCUGGACCAACUCAACUGCAUGAUCCCGUAAUCUUUCAUCCUCGUACUCUAGCUUGCGAUAUAACCGAAGGCAAUUGUCCAGCCAUGUCUUAGCUGUCUCCUGACUUUUAGCCACCUCCUCAGGGGUAGUUUCGGGCUUUUGCGAAAUCAGAACCUGGCACCAGCCCCCCAAAUACCAGCACUCGACACUUUCAUCGUCCUGCCGAAUUAGACCUUCAAUGACCGCAAAUGCCUCCGGUUCCUGCUCGACUUCCAUGAGCAGUCUGCUCAAGCUCACCCGGGUAGCAAAGUCAGGCCGUCGUUCAUCGUCAUCCACUUCCUGCGGAACAUCCUUCCAGAUAUCCAUACUUCGCCCCAACGCCUGGCGCGCAUCGUCCACCCUCGUCUGGCUUAUUCUGACGCUCGCUAAGGUCUGUAAAACACCGGCACUCAAGCGCUCGGGACAUACUGCGACGGCUUCCGUGACGAACGCCUCACAUCGUUGCUCGGCAUCCUCUUCCCAACUCAAAUCGGUCAUGUAGACUUCGGCCAUGGCGCACAAUGCAUUUGCCAGUUUGGCCCUCUUUUCGUCCAGAACUUUUGCGGUCUGACCCAGGGCUUUGGCCUCAUCGUCCUCGAGGACUUCAAUCUCAUUCCGCAGAACUUCAGUCGCUCUCUCGAAAUGCGCUAUGCUCUCGUGGCCACCAUCCUCGCAUAUUUGUGCCAGCUCCAGCCAAGGCUCGGCGCUCACCAGCGCCCCGUCAGGGUCGAGCUGUGUGACGCGUGUGAAACUUUUCCUGGCAGCAUCGAUAUCGCCCAAGGCAAGCUGGAUCUCGGCUGUGAGGGUCAGCGCUGCAGGGAGCGUAGGUUUGCCUUCAGCCGCUAGUUGAAGUAGGGCAUCUAUGUCGGCAUCCUGGCCAUUGCUUUGGGGUGGUCGUUCCGAUUCUAGUCUGCGUAGGGCUUCUUCGGCAAGUGGGAGGGCACGCUCGGGUUGGGCUUGUUCGAGUAGCUCAGCCGCUUCCGUGAGAAGGUCUUCGACCGGUCGCUGGGAGGAUGGUUUGGGUGCGGACUUGACUAGCGGAGCGUUGGUCGAAUGGAGGAUAUCCUUUUGCUUCCCCGGUGAUUUUGUCUUUGUCUUGGCCAUUUUGUUCGAAGAAAAGACAGGUCACGAAAAUUUCCUUCCGUGGUAUCGAACUCGAGAGGGAUUGAUUGUUACGGCACUGGCAUUAGCCUGCACAGUUCUACACAGUAUGUCAAACUCCGCCAGCACCGAGAGCGCAACAAAAUUUUAGGCCAUGAUUUAGAGGGCCGUUUC